UACGAAGAAAAGAGUGUGGUUGAUGUAGUCUCUCAGCAUGCACCGUUGAAUCAGACUCAUUACAGUGCUGUUCAUUCUAUGAGACUCCAAAAUGUCUACCAAGUCAGAGCAGUUCUCGGCUAAAAUCCGUAACCUGACGGAUUACCAGAAUCGGAUCCUGCACAACAUUGCCCCCUUGCCAACAGGGACAGACAUUGCCAAUACUCUGAGGUACUUCAUACACACACUCAGAAGCAUCUUGAAAGAGGCGCCAGCUGACCUUGGGGACCUGAAGCAAUCUGCCAGGAGGCGACUGAAUCCCCGCUUGCCUCACUACCCAAGCCUGGACUAUCUCUGCCUGUAUGAGACCCUAGAUAGCCUUAUUGAGAUUGUACCCAGUGUACAGUAUGGCCAAUCAGAUCUUGGCCAGGCCAUUCAGCAGUUAUUCGGCUGCAUCCUGUGGUUCCUGGAGCCUGAGAUCGUGGACACCAUCCCCCACACCGUUGCCUCUACGCUGGCGAUAUUCCCCACGGCCCUGCAGAAAGAAACGGUGGAUCUGCUCUGCACCACCUUACUCCCAAUAUGUCUGUCUGAAGUUCAGUCCAUUGAGGGAGACACAUAUGCAGAAAUGUCAGUAUCUGCUGUCAUCAUGCUGGUUCUGCAGCACUGCAAGAACAAAGCUCACCAUGCUCAGCUCAUGGAAUGUAUUAUGACGUACAAGAAAGACAUAUUUAAAGACAUUCUGUGCACCAUAGCCUUUGGUCCUUCCUCGGCACGCGGUGCUGCAUCCAACCUCUUGUUCCACUACUGGCCGUCCCUCGUGCCAGCCAACGUAGAAGAUAGGGACUUCUCCUAUACAUGUUGGAAGCCGAUCAUGUGCCAGAGAUCCAACUGUCUAUCUCCUGUUAACAAUGCCGCUGUGAAGAUGUGCAUGGACCCAGUGAUAGCUGGCAAGUACAGCAAACACCCACCUCCACUGUAUCUCUGUCAAGUCUGCAGUGACUAUGUCAAUAGGGAGAUGAGUGACUGCAAGCCAUUCCUCAAUGUUCUUCAGCCCCAGGAGGUCGUCUCAAAGAUCUGUGAGAACAAGAACUGUUCGUCGCCCGACAAAACUGCCCUGUUCACCUGCUACUCCUCAGAGUGCACAGGCUACAAGGGGAACCGUCCCAUCCGCUACUGCACCAGCUGCAACACCUACAUCCACUCUGACAGAAAGGAACACAUCAUGCAAGAUUUCCCUCAGGACCCGCUGUCCUGUGACAAGGAGACCCAGAGUUACCUGUGUGAGGCAAUUAUCAGCCUUCUGAAGGAAGCCCACGUGGUGGAGAAGGAUCCCCUGAUGGCAGCCGCCGAGGCUGAGACCACCACAGACAACUACAGCCAGCCCUCAGAGAAUGAGGUGGUGGACCUGGAAGGGGUGGAGGGAGACUCGCGUCUGCUCAGCCGCUUUGGCUUGUGGCUGCUGAUUGAGAAGUGUAACCCCACCGAUCGGACUCCGGAUGAGGUUGUGGGUCGCUUGCUGAGCAUGGCCUUCCAGUGGUUUGGGUUCACUGCCACGCUGACGCAAGAUAGUGUUGCCUUAGAGAGUCUUAAAGCAGAUUAUGUAACCACCUGGCUGAUGAAGAUCCUGAAGAGUCAUUUCACUGUCUUUGUGUCCUGCCUGCUACCACUGCCACCAGACUAUGCCAGGGUUGGUGGGGACUAUGACAGUCUGUGCAGUAGGAUUACUGAGCUGCUGGGAGGCUUAAGAAAGGUCUUCAGUUUGACACCAUACAAUGCCAUCACCUUUGAGGUGUGGGACUACAUCAUGCCCCACUGGAUGGAGUGCAUCUGCAGUGACAUCCCUGAUGAGGAGCUGCCCCAGCUCCAGGACGUCCUGUGCCGCCUCUUUGACGUGGACAUGAGCCCCUUGCCCUUCUCCACCGAGAAGCUCUUCAACUUUGUCGCCUGCCGGUUCCGCGGGAUGGCCGCCAACGAUCAAGAGAAGGCCCUCUUGUGGCUUCAGAUUUUAACAGAGACAGACAUCGUCAUCCCGCUCAAGCUGCUACUGAGCAUCUUCAGUGAUGGCCUGACGUCCAUGUCCAAGAUCCAAGUGGCCAAGCAGAAGCUGAAGAACCAACAGCAGCAGGCCUCCAGCGAACCUUCUGAAGCCCCAGCCGACACGGCACAUCAACAACACCAACAACAACAGCCUUGUGAUGAAGUGACCAUUGAAGCACCGCCUGCUGAUCCACCGUCUGCUACUCCUCCCCCUGCUGCAGGACCUCCUACAGGAGGCCCCCCAGAGGGAGGGGUGGUGAUGGGAGGGGUACCCGUUGAACCUCCACACGUGACGAUCGAUCCCUCACCUGAUGACGGACCCAUGCAGGAACAGGAUGAGGAGCAGAUACUCAGAUGCUUUGUCCUGAUGCUUGAUAUGCUGGUCAUCCAGGUGGAUCUCCAGUAUCUGCCCUUUCACCAAGGCAUGGAGAACAGCCAGUCCAAGGACUUUGUCUCUCUACUGACCCAGACUCUCUCCAUGACCUGGCUGGACCCCCACCAGUGCACCAACCACCGCUCUGGCAAAUUCCAGCCCCACGGCCAGCAGCCCAGGGCCCUGGGGGCUUGCUCAACCUGUGAUCUCUGGGGUAUCUACUUCCAGCUCUCCCUCAAGCUGUUGGAGCACAUCUCGCCUGUCAGCGAGACCAAAGUCUGUGAUAUGCCAGAGGUUUCUGAGUACCAGUUUGAGAAGUUUCUAGAGGACGGACUAGCCAAGGCCAAAGCGCUGAACAAUGAUGUGAAAGGCAAGAAGAACCGAAUGGCUGAGAGAGGUUCCAGCAAACAGAAGAGGUUUACUAAGACCAAAGAUCCCGGCAAAGGAUUCUUGAGUGCUACAGAGAUGAAGCCAGUGGAGGUGUUUACGGCCGAGACGGUCAAGCUGCCAUCAGCCAAGGACUUGAAGGCAGAGAAGGAGAAGGCUGUCAAGAAGGCAACAGCUGGAGACAAGACUUCUAAGGGAAAGAAGGACGGUGAUAAUGGGUCACAGAAGGAAGCUCGCUUCAAACUGGAGGAGCUGCCCAAGUCAAUCCAGCUACUGUAUGUGCUGCUUAAGGAGGUACCCAGACAGAGAGACCCCGAUGUACUGCUGAACCUCUUCAACUGCAUCAAGAUACUGUGCCUGAAUGCGGAGUGUCUGCGCCAGGCGGCCAAAGAUCACGACGCGUUCCUGAAGUAUGCCCAGAAUAAACUGCUCAUCCCAAGCUUCUGGAACUUACUGAAAGGUGAGCUGAGCCAUGUGAACGAGCUCCUGGUGCCGCUGUUCCUUCACAGCCUGGCCCUGCCCCACGGAUCCGACGCCAUGUGGAACCUGCUGCAGCGGGAUGUGGAAAACGAGGACUGGAAGGCACGCUUCUGCGCCGUUGAGCGAGUGACGGCUCUCCUUCGGUUCGUGGAGAAGAAGUCCCUUGGUAACAACUCAGUGAUCAUGUGCUCCCUGGCCUGUGCCUUCAGCACCCUAGUGUCUGCCUCUGAUGAUAUCUGCCCGGCUGUCUCAUCCAGGGCUAUGAUCAUGCUGGAAACCGUCCCUAAAAAAGUCCUCAAGGUCCUGGUUGGAUGCCUGGAGUUCCAAUGGGACUGCGUAGUGGAGGACCGAGUCAUGAUCCUGAAUGCUCUGUACAAGCUGCAGCACUUCCUGCCAGACAUGAUGAUCUUAUCCUGGGAGUUCUUUAUGAAUCGUCUGGACACCUUGGCCCUGGAGGCACAGGUGGAGAUGGAACACAACAAGGAGUUCCCAUUCCCUAUUGAUCUGAGCCGCUCACAGGCCGGGGUGGUGGACCGGAUGGAUACCUUCCUCAACAAACAGACGCGGGCCCGGGUGGCCAGGUCCCAGUCUGAGAUGAACAGCUCCCUCAAGCCCAGGCGUCUGUCCUCGUUCAACAUGAAGACCAACUUCAAGCGCAGGAGCAUGUCCUCCCCGGCUACUGCCAACGGAUUCAGCCGAAUCUACUUUGCAUCAACGAAUCGUUCCACCUACAGUAGACUCUCUGAAUCCUCAGAGUCAGAGUCUGCAGGACCACUGGGAGAGUCGCUGUUUGAAAAUGGUCAUUUGCAGACAGUGCAGGAAGAGCAGCAACAGCCAGACAUGCCUACAUGUGCGCUGGACCUAUCUAGCCUGGACAAGGAGACCGUACACAAGCUGAUAUCACUCCUGAUGAAGUUCAUGACAAGAGACAGUAGUGCAGAUGAGGAACAGACAUCAGGCAGAGCCAUGAACUCUGUGAAGGGGAGAAAUAUGAUGCGUAAGAGUACAGUCCUCCGCCACCUCAGUGUGCUCAUGGGUUACAAUCAAGUAGAGAAAUGCUUCAUCCUGGCUCCUCAGCAGCUGAGAGAGUCGGCUGUCUUCUAUGCCUUCAUGGCAGGGGCACCGAAGAUGCUGGACCACAACGUCAAGGUGGGCAACGUUCUUCUGCCCAUGAUCAUGGAGCUCUUUGCCUACUGUCCCUCGCCCCAGAAGUCUCCCCAGGACAUGCAGCCCCAUGACUACACCCUGUGGUUCCUGGAGCCUCACUGCAGGCACUCCUGGCUCCUGUCGGUCCUCAUCAUACUCUACAAGUACAACUUUGACCAGCUGGAGCUAAAAGCUGAGGUGAAGUCUUUGAUGCGCAUCACCAUCAACACCCUGGAGGCCCAGAGACACCAGUGUAAGCCCAAACGCCCCGAGCCCCCCACCCCCGAGGACAUCUGGGGAGCCACUACAUCCCUGGAGAAGAAACGAUCAGAAUCCAGCCUGAUCCAAGCCAUGGGAGAGAAUGAAGAGCAAGAGAACGGUGAGGAGGUAUCAUCCAACGCCUCGGCCGGACCCUCAUCCCCUCUCCUCCCAGUGGCUCCUAGAGAGAUCCCAGCCGGCCUCCAUCAACAGGUGGAGUGUGAGCCCGAUAUGCUGUUUGUUCCCGAGGAAGAGGUGACUGCUCUGACCAUCAAGAAGUCCAACCUGAGCUUUGUAGCGUCGACCAUCGUGGAAGUGGAGGAGGAGAAUGAGGAGAGCGUGGAAGCCCUGGAGCCCCUGAACAAAGUAGAAGCCAUCCCAGCCAAGGCGCUGAUGGUCAGCAAGGAAGAACCCGUCAGCGCUCAAGCCGUACCCAGGGUUGUGACCGAGAUGGCCAAGGUGGAACGCCAGGCCCUGGAGCCCACCCUCAUGUCCGCCAAGGUAGAAUCCUUCUUCUCCCCGUUCGAGAAGAGCAAACUCCAGCCCCGCUUCCGCUCCAAGAAGCAACGCAAAAUGGGCGUGGCCACCAUCUCCUCCAACGCUCUGUCCCAACGCAUCGACAACAAACUGGGCGGAGGGGGAGGCGGGGGAAAGCAGGGGGAUCUGAACCUUGACCUGUCGGCGGCAGGAGGAGGCGUCAACGCCGGCAUCACCAAAGGAGGGAUGACCAGGAAGAGCAAGGAGAAGGGCAAGAAGCGGUCUCAGAAGCUGAAGGACCAAGCCCAGAAGACGCCCGAGAAAAACAGCAGUGUGUACUCGGCGGCUAAACGCUAUCAUGAAGAUAAGAACUUCAUGGCUUUAACCAGAUGCACUGAUUGUGGUGUGUUACUGGAGGAGUAUGAUGAUGACACUGUGUCGCUGGCCAUCGUUGUGCUGUCUACGCUUGUCCACAGAGACCCUGAGUUAGCUGCUCCUCUUCUUCUGGAGAUGCUGCAAGUGGUUGCAAGAAUUGCAAGUGGAAUAUUCUCUCCAUGGCAAGCAGAAAGUAUUGGAAGUCCCCCUGGCCAUUGUUGCACCGUCGCCAAGCAGUUCCUGCGCUGCACCUUGCAUCAACUUGCUCCCAACGGAGUCUUUCCCCAGCUCUUCCUCAGCAAGAUUGAAGAUGGAGACUUUCUGAAGACCAUGGCUGUAGCUCUGACUGAUUUCAGUGACCUGUCUCCCAUGGAUGCUGUCAGUUUCCUUCUAGAGGGUCUGAAUGAGAAGAAGACCUUACCCUCGCUGCGUAUCCUGCUCGUACUGAUGAACCUGGCCGAGUACAUGGAGAACCUGCCUCUAGAGGGCAGCACGGCCUGGGGCAACCUCAUCCCUCUCUUUGAGACGUUCUUCAGGAAGCUGGUCUUUGCCAUGCCCGAAAACUGUGACACCAACGACCUGUUCCGCAUCAUGACGGUGAUCUUGAAAAGCCCUGCUACCAAGACCCUGGGCACUCUCCUGGACCCCAUGACUAAACUCAUCGGCUUCGUCCUGCAGAAGUGCCACUUCAAGCUCAAACUGCUCAUUGAAAUCUGCUCCCUCUGCAAUCGCAUCUUUGUCAAGGAGCGUGAGCGCCAAUCCCUGGCCCGUUGCAUCGUCAUGGAGUUUGUCAGCGCCCUCAAGUUCAAGUCCUCCCUGCCGGACAUCAACCUGAUCCAGCUGGUGCAGUUCAUCUGCCUGGAUGCUGGCGGUAAGAUGAGUGACUUUGGCAACCUUGUAGGAGACGCAGACAUCUCAGAGGCCUGCAUCGCCGAGCUGUCCUCCUCUGGACUCACCGUGGACUGUAUGAAGCAGUACUUGAACGACGCCAUCGAAUAUGUCGGGGAUCUACACACGCUGACUAAAGUCAAGGAUAAGAUGAAAGGAGGCUCUCAUCAGAACCUUAACGAGGACACUCUAGGUAGCCAGCUGAAGGCAGGCGUUGCCCAGAUCAUAGCCUUGGAGUUUACCCGCAGCAGUCAGCGGGACGCCUCUAAGGCUGUCAACCGUUACCUACCCUGGCUGUACCACCCGCCGUCUGCUGUCCAACAGGGACCCAAGGAAUUCAUUGACUGCAUCGCCCACGUGCGUCUGCUGUCCUGGCUCUUGCUUGGUUCCCUGACUCACGCCGCUGUCUGUCCCAUCAAUUCAUCGGUAACCGGCAUCGUCUGCCAUCCUAUCCCACUAGAGGCCGGUAACCACAUCGCCGAUCACGUACAGGUUAUUCUGGCUGGCUUUGCGGAGCAAUCCAAGGCCUCGGUUCUGCACAUGUCAUCCCUCUUCCAUGCCUUCAUUCUCUGCCAGUUAUGGACCAUGUACUGUGAGCAGAUGGCUUCAAUCAACGCACCGCAGAGUGACCAGCACAACACCGCUAUGAUGAGUGUCAUGGACUUCUGGGGUCGCGUCACGCCCGGUGUGCUGCAGCUACUCUCACAUUCAAAAGUGCUGGCAGACAUGGUCAACUUACACUUCUUAAGUUUAAUGGAAGCAUUGCAGGAAUGCAACUCCUCUGUGCUGACCAAGCUUUUCCCAAUGUGGGCAUCUAUCCUUUUCAGCUAUCCCUCCAAGCUUCCAGGCAGCCUGCAGGUGCGACUGCAGAACUGUGAGAACUGGGCCCCACCAAGUCUGACCAAAGGGGAGGUCACCACCUACCAUUCCUCUGUGCUGCUGAAGUGGCUGAAGAGACUGCAGUUCAAGAUGGGGCAGAUAGAGAUACAGUCCUCUGCGGCCGCACAAUUCUACACUGUCUAAACAUAGUUACGGCUAAGGUAUUUGAGCUGAGUAAUGGAUAUUUGUGACCUGUCUGUCAUCACAAAAUGAGCAUAAAGUCAGAAAUUGCAGUAGAGUGGAGCAAACCAACAUUUGAAGGGGUGUUUGAUAUUUGUUUUUCGGUGGACCUUAAUCUGUAAUUUUGUUCUAUCAGACAAACCCAUUUUCAUUGCGUUUAUAUGUCUGUGGGCCAGACUGUAUGUUACAGAAUGCGCACGCAGUGUCUGGCAAGUUGUUAUGCUUUUAUGAGAUGAUCACCAUGGUCAUUCAUAGCCACUUCCUGGCGUGUUCUGCCUUCACAUCUUUAUUCGAUGCACACAGAAGAAAUUGCUGUUACAACAGGCCUGGAGGUUCUUGAAUUCUUCCUGUCUGUCCAUACUACCAGCCUAUGUGGCUGCCCCGACGUAGAACAGGCGGCGGUGGAUUAAGCACUUUGGUCCCGGGAACCCUCUCUCUCUAGCUGCAUAGCUGUCGGCACUUCAGGUCUUUCCACUUACUCCCAACUUCCUAACAUUUAAUACAUGUGCUAGUGCUAUCGGUGCAAAAUUCUGCAGUGCUAAAACGUGAAAGGAGUAGGAACGCAGUAAUACCAGACUGGUGUGGUUUUUUUUCUUUUCGUUUUUUUUGUAAAGUAAAACGUGGACAUUCCGCAAAACGCUGAUGCAAGAAAAAGUUUCAUGCCAGUAUAACGGAGAAACACACUUUCAGUUUUGUUUGUGGAACUUUUGGGGAGUGUGGCCUAGUGGUUAGGGAGAAUAUUCUGUCGUUUCAGGUCAAGGAAACUGGAGCUAAACGCCAGCCUGAUGGGCCAUAUUUGGCUUGUGACAGACUUUUUACCUAAAAUGCGUUAUUCUGUGGAAUCCUUACCCUGAAUUUUUAAAUGGCUGAAACGUAAGGGUCCAACUUUAGAGAACUAUAUUAUCAAGUUAAAUGAGCUGUGAUGGGAGUCUACAAUGACAUGAUUUGAUGUUUUUUUAAAGUGCAGAUAUUACAUAUCUGGUGCCAUAUAUUCUUAAAAUGUAUACUGUAAAUUUUCUGAACAAAUAUUGUAGUCCACAUCAAUGAGUAUCAUACUUAAUUACCAUUG